AGAGCAGGUGAAGGCAGCAAGUGGGGAGGCAGAGAACUGGCUUCUCCACCCCCCGCCUUGGGCUUUCAUCACAACCGCGGGCCAGGCAGGCAGAUUUUGCAAUGCGCGCGCUCCCGGCAGGAGGCUCCGGCAGCGCUUCACGCGCUGGGUGCAAGAGCCAGGUGUCCUGGGCGUGAGCCAAGGAAGCAGAGACCCAGGGUGCAAGGGGCUGGGAGCAGAGCUUCCUCCCCGGGGACUAUGGAGCUGAGAUCCCCUGGCAGCCGGACAGGUCUCCCCACGGGGCUCUGUCUCCUGCUCUGUGCCUUCCUGCUUCCUGGGACAGCUGGGAAAGAAGUGGAUCUCCUGGACACAAGCACUGCACAGAGUGAACUGGGCUGGCUUCCAGAUCCUCCAGAAACAGGGUGGAGUGAGGUACAGCAGAUGAUAAAAAACACCCCCAUCUAUAUGUACCAGGACUGCAGCGUGCUUUCGGAGGGGGACACUGAUCACUGGCUCCGCACCAACUGGAUCUACCGGGGUGAAACAGCCUCCCGCAUCUACGUGGAGCUAAAGUUCACUGUACGGGAUUGCAAGAGCUUCAAUGGCAAGGCAGUGUCCUGCAAAGAGACCUUCAAUCUCUACUAUAUGGAGUCUGAUCAGGAUGUUGGCAUCCAGUUCCGUCGCCCCCUGUUCACCAAGAUCAACACAGUGGCAGCAGAUCGGACUUUCACAAGGCAAGACAUUGAGUCGGGCACUAUACAGCUGAAUGUGGAAGUGUGCCCCAUACAGAAGAUGUCUCGGCGCGGAUUCUACUUGGCUUUCCAGAACACUGGGGCCUGUGUGGCUCUGGUCUCUGUCCGGGUAUAUUACAAGGCCUGCCCAGAAAUAGUGCAGAGACUGGCUCACUUUCCAGAGACAUUGGCGGGCUCAGAAGGACUGACAGAGGUAACAGGGAGCUGUGUAGACGAUGCAGCCGAAGAAGCAGGCUUCCCACCCAGGAUGCAUUGCAGUGCUGAUGGGGAGUGGCUGGUGCCAAUGGGCCGGUGCCUGUGUGCUGUUGGCUUUGAGGAGGCUGACAGAAGCUGUGUAGCCUGCCAGCAAGGAUUCUACCGCCACUCCCCUGAGACGGAACGCUGCCUCAAGUGCCCCCCAAAUAGCUCAUCCAGUGAUACAGGGGCCACAGCCUGCCCGUGCAACCCAGACUUCUACCGCGCACCCACUGAGGGCCAAAGCGUUGCCUGCACUCGCCCCCCUUCUCUUCCCCGCAACGUCAGCUUCUCCCUGAUGGGGACGCAACUCUCCCUUUGGUGGCAGCCGCCCAGAGACCGUGGUGGGCGCAAGGAUCUGACCUACAGCAUCUCAUGCCAGCGCUGCUCAGUCCGGGCAUGUGAGGCGUGUGAGGCUAGCGUGGUCUUCUCCCCUAGUGAUUCAGGCCUCACCAGUACCUCCGUAGAGGUGGAUGGUCUAGAGGCUUAUACCAACUACAGCUUCACUGUGAAGGCACAUAAUGGUGUCUCAGAGGUCAGCCUUUCCCCCCCGAGGACUUCCCCUACCGUCUGGGUCUCUGUUGGGCACAUAGCUCCAGUAACGGUGUCCCACCUGACCCUCACCCAGCGUGACGACAGCAGCCUGUCUGUGUCUUGGCCAGCCCCCCGGCCCCGCAGCCGGAGCUCAGUGCAGUACGAGGUCAUGUAUUUUGAGAAGGGAGAGGAUGCACACUACACAGUGAAGCAGUUCCACGAACCCAACGUGACCCUGAAGGACCUGCAGCCAGACACAGCUUAUCUGCUCCGUGUGCGCUCCAUUACCCCACUGGGCAUUGGCCCCUACUCCCAGGAACAGGAGUUCCGCACCCUCCCACUAGACACUGGGGCUCCAUCUGGUGGGGUGCUGGUCUCCAUUAUCUUUGGAAUCCUGGUGUUCAUCGGGCUGGUCGUGGGGAUCAUCUUCACACAAAGGCGAACCUGUCACCGGCAAGCAGGGCCAGACUAUGACAGCUCAACCUUUGAUCGAGAGGAGAAGAUCUGGUUGAAACCCUAUGUGGAGCUACAGCCCUAUGAGGACCCAAGCAGAGGGGUCUUGGAGUUCACCAAGGAGCUAGAUAUGGCCUGUGUCACCAUGGAGAACGUUAUUGGGGAGGGGGAGUUUGGGGAGGUCUAUCGUGGGACCCUGCGCCUGCCAGGAAAGGAGCGCAUUGUGGUUGCCAUCAAGACCCUAAAGUCAACAUAUUCGGACUCUCAGUGGUGGAAUUUUCUGCGUGAGGCAACGAUCAUGGGCCAAUUCAAUCAUCACAACAUUGUGCGCCUGGAGGGGGUCGUCACCAAGCGGAAACCAAUGAUGAUCAUCACUGAGUAUAUGGAGAAUGGAGCCCUGGACACCUUCCUCCGGGAGAACGAGGACAAGUUCAGCUCUCUCCAGCUGGUAGUUAUGCUACAAGGCAUUGCCUCGGGUAUGACCUACCUCUCAGACCGCAACUACGUGCACCGGGACUUGGCUGCCCGCAACAUCCUGGUAACUCAGGGCUUGCAGUGCAAGGUGUCUGACUUCGGCCUCUCCCGAAUACUGGAAAACAAUGCGGAGGGGACAUACGAAACCAAGGGCGGGAAGAUCCCCAUCCGCUGGACAGCACCCGAGGCCAUUGCCCAUCGCAUCUUCACCUCGUCCAGCGACGUCUGGAGUUACGGCAUUGUCAUGUGGGAGGUGCUGUCCUUCGGGGACAAGCCCUACGGAGACAUGACCAAUCAGGAGGUGAUGAAGAGCAUAGAGGAUGGGUACCGGCUCCCCCCGCCAGUGGACUGCCCAUCUAUCCUCUAUGAGCUCAUGAAAGGCUGCUGGUCACAUGAUCGCAUGCGACGGCCCCGCUUCCAGGAGAUCCAGGACCAGCUGGAACACUUCAUCUCCAGCCCCCAUUUGCUCCGUGCCGUUGCAGACUUCGACCCCAGGGUGACGCUGCGGCUCCCCAGCUGCAGUGGGUCUGAUGGGAUCCCUUAUCAGUCAAUCCCAGAAUGGCUGGAAUCCAUCCGCAUGAAACGCUACAUCAUCAGCUUCCGCACCGCUGGCCUGGACACCAUGGACUCCAUCCUAGAGCUCACUACCGAGGAUUUGAAGAAGAUGGGGAUAGUGCUUCCAGGCCAUCAGAAGAGGAUUCUCUGUAGCAUCCAGGGCUUCAAGGAGUAACUGGGCAUCAGGCCUUCCAGCUGCCAACAUUCCCAAGCCCAGUGGGCGUCACUUGGAGCGUUCCUGUUGCAGUUAUUUCCAAGAGGAGAGACUGAGGUGAUCAAAGCAACUAACAGGAUAAAAAGAACUCUCCUAGGAAGCCUGCCCCCUCGGCCCAGCCUGAGCCUUGCUCCAUCUGACCGUGCAUGUGCACUGAAGCUGCAGGGUGCUGAACGUAGACCAGAGCCAGGACUGCGUUUUCAGCUCCAACGUCCGCUGCUGGCCAUUUCCUGUGCUCUAUUCUGUACUGCACUGAAAUAGCCUCUGCAGCACCCACUCGGGCCUCUGUGAUUCUGAGGGGGAAGUCUUUAGGGAUGCACAGAGACAUGGGGUGACAGCCCUGUCUGUUGAGUGACAGGAACUGAAAGAUAGAGGAGAAUUGCUGGGGAACCUCCACUGCUGCAACACUGUGUUUUCCUUCCUUGCUUCAUUGUUAUGUAGAAGCAGGUACAGUCAUCUGCAGAGAUCAGGGUAAGGAUUAAUCUUAUACUCACCACAGUGAGAACUAUCUGCCAAUAACACUAAGUAAUGGGGUACCGCUUCCCCUACCGUCCGCUGCCCUGUUCUCCCAGCAAUGGAGAGGAGAGCCUGAAAGAGAAGGAAAUGGGGUAUGCUGCUCUUUCCAUGUGCUUCCUGUAGAUUCUUCGGUGAGACCGAACCAGAGUUCAUCCGAAGCAGGGAUGCUCAAACCUUGCCAGCAUGUGGCCUGUACUUCCCUUUUGCCUGUUACCGCUAGGGCAAUCCCAGGGACAGAGUCCUCCACUCCGUACCUGUUCUCCCCUGGGGCCUGUUCCAAAUGUGGGAUGGGCUGCUUUUGCUGCAAGAGAUGGGGUGGGAUUGUUCCCAUGUGCAAGCCAUGUGGAUUUUUAACGUCUCAGUGCUCAGGGACUGUAACAUUUUUUGUAAAUAAACUUGUGGCAGAGGUGGG